GUUAUGCGUGGCGUAAAGUCGCAAAGUGUGCUUAGUGCUAAUAAGAGUAAAUUUUGAAAAAAUAAAGAAUAAUUUUUUAAAAACAAAAGGAUUGCUAAUCAAAGGAGUUGGAGUCAACGUAUUUGAUUCCAGAAGUUCUGAACAGCAAAUUGCCUUACAAAUAAUUCAAAAUGUGCAGGCUGAACAAAGGACAAGUCUACAGUCCAUCGAAAUGGGGCUGGGGGCAUUCAAAGUGGAUUCCGUCGAAAAUAAGCAACUCCUUGAAAAGUUCAUGGCUAAGGCGGAGGUUAGCUUGAACCUUAUUAUGGAGAAACUAUGCCUUGGAGUUGAGCAGGUGGAUACAGCUGAAAUUCCCGACAGCUUGUUGCCCACCAAAGAUCACGCCCAGAUGGAUGAACUGGAAGAAAAAAUUGGAGCUGAUCCAGUUUUUAAGCGAGCCUUAAUUCGGAAACUCAGCACAUUUGGAGGAGUAAGCGCGAAUAAAAACUGUUCGCACAAUGUCCACUGUCCAGGUGCAUGUGUGAACACACUUUGCUCCUCGAAUACUCGUGGUUCGGGGCGGCCACCAAAAAACGAUUCGAUGUGUACAAGCAAAUUUUUGGUGUGAUGGUGGAGGCGGUCAGGAAGAGGUUCCCUAACUUCAGCGAUGCAGAGAGAUCCGCAUACAUGAAACGUACUUAAAGCAGGCUCGUUUCAGGCUGGGAAAAUUGUAAGUUCAUUUUACCCACAUUUCUUUUUAUAUAGUUACAUUUAUAUUAUAUUACUGUAGUUUUUAUUUUUAUUUUUUUUUCUAAUAAAUUUGUUUAUUUAUUUUCAGCGACGGAGCAGCAACCGA